CAAGGACGAGUGGCUGCAGGCUUCACGUCAACAACACUUGAUCCGGUGACACAACAUAAGGCGGCCGUGUUGGAUGUAGAAACUGUGCGGUAUUCUCGAGUGACGAAAAGUGGAUACGUUCGAAUUGUGACAAAUUUUGGUGCAAUUAAUUUGGAGUUAUAUUGCAAGCAAGCGCCACGUGCUUGUGAAAAUUUCAUAACGCACUGUAAGAAUGGCUAUUAUAAUGGCACAAAAUUCCAUCGUGUCAUACGACAUUUUAUGGUGAGUGAGUGUUGA